AAAGUUGGCAAAGCGACACUGGCGGCUGCUGGCGGCACAGCAACGGCACAAGUGGCGCGAGCGGCGCGAGGAACUGCAGAGAGAGGAACGCGCCACCAAAUGUCACUGAACCGGCACUGCCGGGGCGUUUGCAUCCGUACCAUCUUCUGUGCGGUCCGUUUUUCUGAAGCGGUGCAAAAAUGCUAUAAGUGUCAGUGAGCCGGUGCCUAAAUUCCCGGAUUUUUAAGUUUGUUUCCCUUGUCCUGCGUUCAGUUUUAAGGAAGAAGUGCCCGGCGAAAAUGUCUGCAGCGCAGCGAGAGCCUCUAAGCAUUGAAUUCUCCGAAUCUACAGAGCUUGAGAAAUACCUGCUACCCUACAAGGGAGUCAACCAGACUGAUCUCCCACCAUCCCUUGUUAUUGAAGAUGACCUGCAUCCUCCGACUAGCUCUUCCAGCAGCAAACCUGCUGCAGAUUUUCAAGAUGAUCUCGACUUGCUCAGCUCCCAGGCUUUCAGUGGAGAAACUCUUCUUCCGCACGAAUUAACCAAAGUUUUGAGUGAGAGAUUGGCUGAUAACAGUGAACAAAGCUUCGGUAAUACUAAACCUUCACAGAGUACUUCUGUUGAUGCCAACAUAAAAGGUGCUACAGCAGCAAAUUUUGAUUGUGCAGCGCAAGAGAGCACGGUCGAGGAAUAUGCGUUUCCAACAUUUCCAGAGGUUCCUGAUAUGCAGGAAACUUUGUUGGAACUUGCAUCUGCAGAGCAAGCCAGUGAACAACACCAGCAGAAUGAAAAUGGAUCAGUGAAGAGUGAUGUCCUAAAUGUUUUUGGAAAAGAAAAUGGUCUGUGCAGUAGACAUGGAGCAUAUGAAUCGGACGAUUUCGAUGAGCACUAUGUGAAAAUGUUAGAUGCACGGUUCAAACUACCCACAGACCUUCAGCAACCAUUGUUAUGCAGCUCAUGCUCGCAGUCGAUGAUGCAGUAUGUGUCUGCAAUCCAGACACUUCUGCAGCAGCUCACUGUGGAUAUUAUUAUAAAAGGAAAGGAUCCCCCAGCAUGCAGCUGGUGUGCACGAGAGAAAAUGGAUCUGUUAAAAAGUCGUUGGACUUCAAGCUCUUUUUUGACAGAUCCUUCGUUGGAUCAUAAUGAUAACCAAUCUUCAAGAGGUAAUGUGGCUAUUUCCAGAGGACACCAGACAAUGCAGAGCCAGAGUCCAAACUCCCAGCUUCAUUCAACUCCUGGUCCCAAAACUAGCAAAGUUUCACUUCCGUCUGGAGCUCUCAAAUUUGUUCAGAGAGAAAGUGAACCUUCUACUAGACGACACAGUCCAAGGGUAGAAGAUCCAGAAUCUGAGGUAUACCAGGAACGCUCAAGACAUGCAGCUUUGGUGCAAGUACAACAAUCGCAGGAAAACCCAAAACAGUCAGCAGACAAUGAUGGUCAGCACAGUUUGCCAAAACUCCAGGGUGUAGAAAAUAGUUCCUCCAUUUCACCUGCAGAAAAGACACUCCAGUGCACUCCUGACGGGUCACAGGGAGGAACCAGAUCUGCACUUGAUGCAGAUGCCAUUGCUGCACAUCUAUUGGAAAAUAACGAGGACACUGGUUCUCAUUUCACAGAAAACGUCAGCUUGCAUGACGAAUCCCUAAAACGACCAUCGGAGCUUCAGUUGCACAAUCUUGGUCCAGGUGCAGCAUCUUCAGAAUAUAGCAGCAAGCAAGAUCAAUCUUUGCAAAAGAAAGAUACGAGGAGAAAGUCUUCAACCUCUGACUGGAUGACCGAAUUGGUCCAGCCACUGGUUCCUGAGCCAUUGGAACCAAGCGUGCUCAAUCAAGCCUAUGUGACAAUGGCGAAUAAUGACCUGAGUUCCAUGCUAUGCAUGGUGCUUGGCAAUUCCCUCCGGCUGUCUAGAACUUCACGGUUUCUAGUGGUGCUUGUCAGCGAUGGAGUGUCUCCUGCAUUGAGGCACCUACUUUCGUGUGUCUUCAACAUAGUCCAGUCUGUUCGUUCCCUUGGGACUCACGGCACAACCAAACUUACCCUUUUGGAGCAGCCAGACAUUGGGGUCUCCUUCACCAAGCUUCAUGCUUGGCGCCUUACACAGUUUUCCAAGUGUGUCUUCUUGGAUGCUGGUGCUUUGGUGGUCCAAAACUGUGAUGAACUUUUUGACCGAGAUGAACUGUCCGCUGUACCCGACAUCGGCUGGCCCGAUUGCUUCAACAGUGGUGUCUUUGUGUAUGUCCCAUCAAUGGAGACUUUCUGGGACCUCAUCAGCUUUGCAGAGCGCCAGGGAAGCUUCGAUGGAGGAGAUCAGGGACUUUUAAACACAUACUUUAGGAACUGGUCUUCGGACAUCAAUCGCAAGUUGCCCUUCAUCUACAACUUGAUGGCCAACGUUAGCUACACCUACAAGCCUGCCUUCAAGCAGUUUGGUCGGAAUGUAAAGGUGGUGCAGUUCUUUGGGGGCUACAAGCCGUGGAAUGUCAAGUUCCACCCGCCAACGGGGCUGCUCUCGCCAGCUGCUGAUGUCCACUCGACAUAUGUCCAGUUUGUGCAGUUCUGGGUGCAGAUCUUUGUUAAGAGGGUGCUUCCUCUCUUCUCCCUGAGCAUCCAGGAAAAAGUGCACGAGCAUCGUUACGUUUGUGCGUUGGACAUCCUCCAGCACUUCCCGUCUUCCCUGAUUGCCGAGCCAGUCGUCUGUCUGCCGGCCCCCUCGUUCCGGCUUCAUGCGAAGCCCAGCAUCUACCUCCCACCUGGUCCCCGGCUGCCCCCGGAAACUACAGCCAAGGUCACUACACCACCGGCUUCUCUAGUACCCACACGGGCCAGCAUCGAGAGCAAUGGAGGCUUAGAGUCGCAAGAAGCUGCAGUUAAGCAACCGGUCGGUGUCGACGAAAAUUGCAACCUUCCAAUGGAGAGCGACAAUGGUCCACUAUCGUUCGUGGACGACUUCUCCGGCAUGCUGGCAUGGGAACAGGGGCGUGCAGACUACCUUGGCGAGCACAGGUCGGACAACAUCAUGGCAAGGCUCGAUGAGCUCAUUGGAUCUACCGGUGUGGCUAAAGCUAAGGGUACUCCAGAGAGCGAGGUUUAAGUGGUACCAUGCAAGCAAUGGUACAAAGUGGGUUGCACGUCUUGGUGAAGAGUUGCCAAAAGUUGAAUCUGGUUUUUCCCUCACUACCCUUGUCUCUAUGUUUAGAAAGGGACUCUUCUAUAGCAUUCUUUCUGGCAAAUACUCCAGUGAAAUCACAAAAACAAAUCUAGGUCAUGCUUUCAAGUAGGGGUAGGGUUGAGGUCGUUCCUAUUGAUAAUGUAAUUUUGUACUGUUACUUUUUAUGUUAUCAUUUAUAUAAUCAUUCUUAGGCAACCUUAGGUAACCUUUUUCUAUUAGUUUGCAUAUCACGUUCUACCACUGAUCUGGAUGUAGCCUACCCUUCUGGUAGAUGCACUUAACAUUGCCUGAACCUUUUACACUGUGGUAUAGGGUUGGUAGAGGUGACAGCAUUCAUAUGCUUUCGACUUGAACUUGCCAUAUUUUGAAGAAAUGUACCACGCAUAACUUUACGGCUGUUCCACUGACUGUUGGAUGGAUUAAAGACCAAAUUCAAGUUGC